UCUGUACUAACUGACUAAACAUGAAAAAGUGAUUCACAAAUUGAUUGCCAAAAGCUUUUAAAACUGUGCCAAAGUUAUUAACAUGGUAAAGUAUAUAGAUUUCCAUGUUUGCAGCUAAAAAUAUAUUUUACGCAGCGCAAAAAUAAAUCUGACUCGAGAUGAAAAACUCAAGUCGUAAUGUAUCUAUAGCUACUUAAUAUACAUACGCCUUAUUUACCAAUGAAUUUUAAAAAAAAAGUGAAGCGAAUGCAAGUUUUUAAAUCAGUAAUGUUAUCUCAGUUUUUUUCUCAAUAUAAUUCUGUAUUUGACAGGACUGUACUUUUAUAGUGAAAAACGGUAUUUCCACUCAAAAGAUUCCCAGAUUCCCGCUAGCGUCACGUGGGCUCAUGACGUCGGCUAUUGCACUUUGGCUGGGCGGAAGCACAUUGCCUUUGCAUCCUCCUAGUGUGGUAUGUUGGCGGUACAGUCUGAAACAACCAACCUAAAUACUAUUUGACUCUGAGAAACAUGGCUGGAACGGCGUCGGUAGCGGGAGAGGUGUUCGUGGAUGCCCUCCCGUAUUUUGAUCAGGGCUACGAUGCUGCUGGGGUCAGAGAGGCGGCUGCAGCUUUGGUGGAAGAGGAGACGAGGAGAUACCGACCCACCAAGAACUACCUGAGUUACCUCGCCACCCCUGACUUCGCUGCCUUUGAGACGGAGAUCAUGAGGAAUGAGUUUGAUAGGCUCGGCGCUAGGCAACCACUGGAGCUCCUCAGCAUGAAGAGGUACGAGCUGCCUGCGCCCACAGCAGGCCAAAAGAAUGACAUCACCGCCUGGCAGGAGAGCGUCAACAACUCCAUGGCCCAGCUGGAGCACCAGGCGGUCCGCAUCGAGAACCUGGAGCUCAUGUCCCAGUACGGCACCAACGCCUGGAAGCUCUACAACGACAACUUGGCCUUCAUGAUAGAGACGGCCCAAAAGGAACUCCAGAAAUUCAGGAAACAAAUUCAGGAUCUGAAUUGGCAGCGUAAAAAUGACCAGCUGGUGGGCGGAGCCAAACUCAGAGAACUGGAGUCCAACUGGGUGUCCCUCGUCAGUAAAAACUAUGAGAUCGAACGCGCCAUAGUGCAGUUGGAGAUCGAGGCUGCACGGAUAAGGCACCAGCAGGGAGACGAAAACAAGGAGAACAUCCGACAGGACUUCUAGCAACGGGAGGAGGAGGAGGAGAACGGUGGCUAGAGGUUCCAGGAAAGUGAAUCAGACAGGACUCUUGUUUCUAAUGAACUGAUCUUCUCUAAGCUUGGAAGGAAGUACCGCCUGAGCAGGGGAAAAGAAAGAUGGGUCCGAUUUCUGUAUCACUAAAUGCAAGGCAUUGAGGUUUUCGUGGAGCUAUGGGGUUAUCUUUCCAGCUGUCUGGAAACUCAUUUUGGAUGUUUCCCUAAAGGAAUCUGGGUUAAGAAGGAGUAAAUGUGGUUUAAUGUUUAUUUUGUUGGACUUCUUUACCAACACAUACAUGUACAUUAGGCUUUAUGUUGUUUUUUUUCUAUUUUAAUAAAAAAAUAUUUG